AUUUUUCGCUCUCUCUACAACAUACGACGCUUUUCGGUAGUCAUAAUGAUGCUACACCGUCCUUUUCAAUUCGUCCCCUUAAGUCAAACCCGCUCCUUUUCUGUCAACAGGCUUUCUUUUGUUACUCCAUGAUCUCCACCGUGCCUCCCCCCACACUGAUGUGUUUAUGCAUUGGUGAUCUUCACUCUGUUCUCACUUUUGACAGUUUUAAUGGCGAUUUCUCCGUGUUCUCCUUCCGGUCUCUGUUCGAUGAACCGUUUUAUUUGUGUAACUUCUGUUCCCUUCUCUAUUUUUCAUUGUGUUGAUUUUGCAUCGCCGGACUGGUAUCAGGUCGAUCGGUUUUGGUUUCUCCGGCGACUUCCGAUUUCAGGUCGUCGAGAAGAGUUUAGCAAAUUUGAAUUCUGUUUUGACGCUUUGCACGCCCCGGCAUUAUAUUACUUUGAUUUGAACGAGUAGGAGUUCUUUUAAGGAUGACAUUCCUUAGAGGGACAGGGAUGGGGAAGAAUUUGUCUCUUGCAAAAAUUUCGUGAAGAUCCUUAUCCCCGAGGAUGGUGGGGAUAGCUCAUCUUGGCCUUGCUUGUGCCGUUGCCAUCCCUAUUGAAUGAGUUAAGGAAUAUUUUUACUGCAUGGAUAAGCUACUUAUCUUUAAAAAAAAGUGCUGUUUGAGUGGAGCUUUUCUGGAACUGGAAGUGCUAAACUAUAAAAUUAUAAAAUAAUUAUUAAUAAUUUUAAAAAUUGAUAAAAUUACCGAGGUCAGAGUUUAGUUGCAAAAAUUCACAUCAGAAGCUACAAUUUUUUAGCUUUAACUUCUAAUUCUCUAGAAGCUGAAAUAAGAUUCUAAAUAAGCCAGGAGCACCUUUUAGAUUCAGCUGUGUUUCGCUUCUCUUCGCUUCUGCUUCUGAGAUAGAGAGGUUGUUCUGGAAGUAAGGCCAAACAAGCACUUAUGAUGUUGAAAGUGUGGUAAGUUAUGAAGUUCUUAUUUAUUUAUCUGUUUCUAGAAAACAGUUGUUGACUGUUCUGCUAUGAAUGCCUAUUUAUACAUAAAUUUUUGUUUCUUAAUGUCAGUUCCUUCCCUCCAACUAGGAUUUGAUUGCUUAUUUUACCAGAAGAGAGAAAAUAGAACCAAUUGAGACUUUUUUUUUUGUUUGAGAACACAAAUGUGUAGCACAAUUUCAUGCAACAAUUUAAUUUCUUAAACAAAAGAACAAUUCUCAAAUGUGUGCAGAGGAAACAUUUCAUACCAUAUCUAAUUGUCUUUUUGCAGAACAUAUUUAAUAGAGUAGCUGAAGUGCAAGAUCUCACUGGCAGUGUUUUGCAUCUAACUAUCCGUCUACCAUUCCCCAACCAUUUCACUAAUGCAAUUGUAACCUGUUGCAAUUUGAAAAAGUGCUUGCAUGUCAUAUCCAUUGCGGGAAGUGUAAGUUGGGUGGGAGCUUCUGUUUCCUUCAUUUGCAUCCUUCUGUCCAUACACCUGAGGGCAAAAAUUGGUAUCUACAUGUGGUAAGAUAAAAAUUUUUGACUUUAUCAAAUUGCUACAUAAAUUCUGUUAUGCUUGUGUCCUGGUGGCACUAGUGUUAAUACAUUCUUAGAAGUAUAUCAUAUUUGCCAGAAGAUACCUUCUUUUGAAGUUCAGCAUUUUCUUGGCGAAUGAUGUCUACUUUUUUGUACAGUUCUAGAUUCUCCUUAUGAAUGAGAUUUCCCUGCGAUGACACAAAUGAGUGUUAUUCAACCAAAAUAUCUCUUAAGUGGAAAUCUAGGCACACUGUAAAAAAUUUUUUGUGGAAAAACCUUGCGGUUUAGUUCUUUGAUUUCAUCAGUCAGAAUUUGGUCCUGCAGGAGAAUGAAAAAAGAAGCAACAUUAAAGAUAAGCUGAUUUCAAUUUUAGCACAACAAUCCAUUUUUUGAAAGUUUCUUGCCUUUUUCAUACGGACACCUUUCAAGCUCAUCUCUAACUUGUUUUCAAGGUUCUGUAGAUCUUUGACACUUAAACCAGAUAGUUCUUCUCCCAACAGUUGCCUGCAUGCAUAUUAGGUGGAUUUUCGAUAUGUUGAAUAUGUCCUAUACAUUUUUAAAAAUGAUUGGCCACUUUUACUUUUUGGUUGUCACUCUAGCUGUUGGUCCUAUUCUACUGUUGCUAUCAUUAUUAGUUAUUUUUUUGUUUUACUAUUUUACGUUUAUAAUUCUUGAGUUAUAGCUUGUAUGACUUGAAAUUGUGUAAUUGAAUUUUUUACUUUGCAUUAUUCUAAAUUAUUUUUAAUGUUUUUAGAAUCUAAUGAUCCUACAAUUUCAAUUUUAGUAUGGUUUUUUAAGCUGACUAAUCAAUUUCAUGCAAGGUCCUGACUCUAAGAAUUUUGAAAUUAAGCCUUGGUAGUUGCUUCGUUGUUAGGGUUCAAUAGUUUUGAUUACCUGUGGUAUCCUUGCAAGUACUGUAGCUGUUGCCUCAAGCUUAUGGCCUCCCUUUGCCAAAACUAUCAUAUGAAAUCCAAGACAACAUUCAA